CGCAAUGGUCCGCGUAAUGUGUUCAGCCAUUUUGUUAUUAUUUUCGAAAAUCUGUAGGUUGGAUUUAAGGGCGACGUAACGCUCCUAUUUUUUCUCAUUUCUUGUGAAAAGUGAAGAGAAAAAUACUAAAUUCUUAUGAGAUUUAAAAAACAAAGUUACGACGAAGAACGGCCUCGAUAGAGUGUAUGAAAACUGGAUAACUUAUAAUAAUGGCAACAUUAGCAGAACAAGCAUCAAAGCUUUUGGAUUUUAAUCAAAAGCUUGAUAUAACACUUCUUGAUAACAUAGUAGGUUGUAUGUAUACUGGGAUAGGUGAGCAACAAAGAGUUGCACAAGAAGUAUUAACCACACUUAAGGAACAUCCAAAUGCAUGGACACGUGUAGAUACUAUUCUAGAAUAUUCACAGAACCAACAAACAAAGUAUUAUGCUUUACAAAUAUUGGAACAAGUAAUAAAGACACGGUGGAAAGUAUUACCACGAAAUCAGUGCGAGGGUAUAAAAAAGUACAUUGUAGGCCUUAUUAUAAAAACAAGCAGUGAUCCUGAAACAAUGGAGGCUUCUAAAGUUUAUCUCAAUAAACUUAAUAUGAUUUUAGUUCAGGUGUUAAAACGAGAAUGGCCAAAAAACUGGGAAUCCUUUAUUGGUGACAUUGUUGGAGCAAGUAAAACAAACGAAAGUCUUUGUCAGAAUAACAUGGCUAUUUUGAAAUUAUUGUCAGAAGAAGUAUUUGAUUUUUCUAGCGGACAAAUGACACAAACAAAAGCAAAACAUUUAAAAGAUACAAUGUGUAGUGAAUUCUCACAAAUAUUUCAACUAUGUCAGUUUGUAUUGGAUAAUUCACAAAAUGUUCCCUUAGUAGCAGUAACACUAGAAACUCUUUUAAGGUUUUUAAAUUGGAUUCCCCUUGGAUAUAUUUUUGAAACAGAAUUGAUAAGUACACUAGUAUUCAAGUUCUUGAAUGUACCAAUAUUUAGAAAUAUCACACUAAAAUGUUUGACUGAAAUUGCUGGUGUCACAGUAUCAACUUAUAAUGAUAUGUUUGUAAUGUUAUUUGUUCAUGUAAUGAGACAAUUAGAACAAAUUCUACCACUUGAUACCAAUAUACGUGAGGCAUAUGCAACUGGUCAAGAUCAAGAGCAAAAUUUUAUUCAAAACCUAGCUAUAUUUCUUUGCACAUAUUUGAAAGAACACGGUCAGUUUAUAGAGACAAAGCAAUUGAAUGAUAUGCUACUCAAAGCAUUGCACUACCUUGUUUUAAUCUCUGAAGUUGAAGAGGUUGAAAUAUUCAAAAUUUGUUUGGAGUAUUGGAAUGCAUUGGCAAUGGAUUUAUAUAGUGGAAGUCCUUUGGUGGCUCCGUCGCCGUUGUUUAAAAGCAUGACAAUUCCACCCAGAAGAUUAUUCUAUUGUUCAGUUUUAACGAAAGUGCGGUACAUUAUGAUUAGCAGAAUGGCUAAGCCGGAAGAAGUCCUUAUUGUAGAAAAUGAGAAUGGAGAAGUUGUCAGAGAAUUUAUGAAGGACACUGAUUCUAUUAAUUUGUAUAAAAAUAUGAGAGAAACUCUCGUGUAUCUUACUCAUCUUGACUAUAUGGAUACAGAAAGAAUAAUGACAGAAAAACUGCAAAAUCAAGUUAAUGGAUCAGAAUGGUCAUGGAAGAAUCUCAAUGCGUUAUGCUGGGCAAUAGGUAGUAUUUCUGGUGCAAUGCAUGAAGAAGAUGAGAAACGAUUUUUAGUAACGGUAAUCAAAGACCUGUUAGGUCUUUGUGAGCAGAAAAAAGGCAAAGAUAACAAAGCUAUUAUUGCUAGCAAUAUUAUGUAUGUAGUUGGACAAUAUCCAAGAUUUCUUAGAGCACACUGGAAAUUUUUAAAGACUGUUGUAAAUAAACUCUUUGAAUUUAUGCACGAAACCCAUGAUGGUGUACAAGAUAUGGCCUGUGACACAUUCAUAAAAAUUGCAUUGAAAUGUAGGCGACAUUUUGUUACAGUACAAAUAGGUGAAGCAGUACCAUUCAUUGAAGAAAUUCUUUCCACUAUUAGUAGUAUCAUUUGCGACCUUCAAACACAGCAGGUACAUACUUUUUAUGAAGCGGUUGGAUACAUGAUAAGUGCACAGACAGAUACAGUAGUUCAAGAGCAAUUAAUAGAAAAAUAUAUGCUUUUACCAAAUCAAGUUUGGGAUGAUAUAAUAAGUCAAGCAUCUAAAAAUGUAGAUGUAUUAAAAGAUCAAGAAGCUGUAAAACAACUUGCUAGUAUUUUAAAAACAAAUGUAAGAGCUUGCAAAGCUCUCGGGCAUCCGUACGUGAUACAAUUAGGAAGAAUAUAUUUAGAUAUGUUGAACGUUUAUAAGGUUAUGAGUGAAAAUAUAAGUGCUGCAAUAGCUUUAAAUGGUGAAAUAGUGAUGGAACAAUCUUUAAUUAAAAGUAUGCGAGUAGUCAAAAAAGAAACACUAAAACUGAUCUCCGAUUGGGUUAGCAGAACACCCGAUCAUCAAAUGGUCUUGGAAAACUUCAUACCACCAUUGUUGGACGCUGUAUUACUGGAUUAUCAAAAAACAAACGUUCAUUGUGCUCGAGAACCAGAGGUGCUAAGUGCUAUGGCCACUAUUGUAAACAGAUUAGAGGGUAACAUCACCAGUGAAGUACCGAAAAUAUUCGAUGCUGUGUUUGAGUGUACUCUAGAAAUGAUAAAUAAAGAUUUUGAAGAAUUCCCAGAGCACAGAACGAAUUUCUUUCUACUUUUACAGGCAGUGAAUGUUUACUGUUUCCCUGCAUUUCUUUCAAUUCCACCAGCACAAUUUAAACUUGUUCUUGAUUCAAUAAUUUGGGCUUUCAAACAUACAAUGAGAAACGUUGCAGAUACAGGGUUACUAAUACUGUAUCAGCUUCUACAGAAUAUUGAAAAUGAGGAAGCAGCGCAAAGUUUUUAUCAAACAUAUUUCACAGAUAUUCUUCAACACAUAUUCAGUGUAGUUACAGACACAUCACAUAUAGCAGGUCUUAAUAUGCAUGCUACAAUUCUGGCAUACAUGUUUUCAUUGGUCGAACUUGGGCGAAUUCAAGUACCCUUAGGACCUGUACCAGAUAACACGUUAUACGUUCAAGAAUUUGUCGCAAGAUUGCUUAAAGCAGCAUUUCCACAUUUAACAGAUAAUCAGAUUAAAAUAACCGUGCAAGGAUUAUUUAAUCUUAAUCAGAAUAUACCAGCAUUCAAGGAACAUCUUAGAGAUUUCCUGGUUCAAAUUAGAGAAUAUACUGGCGAAGAUGAUUCAGAUUUGUAUUUAGAAGAGCGAGAAACCGCAUUACGAUUCGCUCAAGAAGAGAAAUGGCGAAAGAAAAUAUCAGUUCCAGGAAUACUUAAUCCUCAUGAAAUACCAGAUGAAAUGCAGGACUGAAUUACCAGUCAUCAUUGUUACCUGCUGCUUCCUGUAAAUCUAAAUAAGAAACAUUCUGUUACUGAGACUAUUGUAUCCUUUGAUCUGCAACUUUCCCCACAACAUGUACCACAACAAUCAUCAAAAUGGAUAUGCAUUACAUACUUUUUAAAACCAAGUUCACAGUAUAACAUUCUUGUUAAGGAGGUAAGCCCGAAACGUGGUGAUUGUUUGUCUGUUAUACAGUUUUAAAAGAAUUGAAACUUCUGUUAUAAGUAACAGGUAAAAACGUGCUGGACAAUACUAUUUUAUGUAAUAAAGGAAACCUUUGUACAUUGCUAUUUAAUGCAGGUAAUUAAUAUUUUUUACUAAGCGAAUAUAAUACAAAGGUCUAUGAUACCCAAAAAAAGUUAUAUAUAGCAGUACAUAUAAUAAGGACAUAUUUCAUAUUUUAAUAUUUUUAGUUGUUAGAUUUUUUUUUCUUAUAUCGUAUCUUUCAUAUAAGUUGUUUACAAUAUUGGUUAUUUAAAAAUAUUGUAUAAAUUAUAAUACGAUUAUCAUUGAAUAACUGAAUUAUUAAAAAAAUAUUAUGCAUAAUAUCCACGUUUCUACUAAAUUUAAAAAUAUAACUAAACUUAUUUUUCAAAAUAAAUUUAAAACAGAUGUGUAACACAUUAUGCAUAAAAUAGUGUUGCUUCAGCAAAUUUAGAGGAUGUUACACGUAUAUGUGUGUUUUUAUCUGCAUAAAGUUGUAUAAUACUAUUAUUAAUAUUGCUAUAUAUAAAUAUAUAGAUACAUAGAUAUAUAAAUAUAUAUUGUCUGCAAGACACUGAAAAAUUUUGUAAAUUAAAACUACAUGUCACACAUAGCAUUUACUUAGAUUUCACUUCUCUAAUUCUAUAUAUUUAUAGAUAAACCAGUCUAUAUUUUUGUCAUAUUUAACAAAUAUAGAUGAAUUAAAGAAACGAAAUUACAAAUUUUUCAAUACAUUAAAACCCGUUAUUAUUUUUUUCUAAAUGUCUUAAUAAUCAAAAUAGAUCAUCCGUAUUUUGAACAUUAUAUUCUGUGGGAGACAGGGAAUUUCUAAUACUUAAAUGAUCAAGAAAUAUUUAUUUUAUUUCUUGUGUUUAUUUAUUACAUUUUGUAAACUGUUACUUUACUUGAUUUAUGAUGCAACAAACAGCAACUUCCUGAAAAUACACAUGUAACUACUGUUAAUUUUUUAUACAAUUUAAAAAUGUCAGGUGAUUUUCAUAUUUGUUUGAAUUUAAGUAAUUGAAUAAUGAAAAAAAAACAUAUUCUUUGCAUAUAAAAGAAUUUUAAAGUUUUGGGGAUACAAUUAACAGAAUUUGGUUAAUUAUAUUUUGUACUAUUGCAUUUCUAUUACUUUUAUAGCAAUUAAACAUUGCAAAAUAGUUCUUAAAUUUAACAAAAAUUUGAAGGGCAAAUUUUCUUAUCGUUCGAGCUUGCCUCCAUCAUACUGAAUACUGCAGGUGCUUUAUUCUAUCAAUCACAAAAUAAUCUUGAUACAUGGUAACACAAUUUAAUACAUGUCUAACAGUGGUAUAUGACCUACAGAAAAACUGUAAAGAUAGAUAAAACAUUACCAAAUAAAAUUCGUAAAAGAAAAUUUUGUGUGAAAAUAUAACAUAAGAAAUGUAAAUUGCUUGGUUCUGCUUGGUAAUGAAAAAUGAUUUCUUAUAGUAUGUAAUUUGAUACUUUUAUUAUUUAUUGAAGCUUCUAUUUCUAACAUAAUAUGCACUGUUAUUAUGAAAAUAUUUACUUCUGAUAUUGAUCUUUUGUUGAAGCGGAUGGGAAACGAAAAGUAGUAGGUGUCACAACAAGAUUGAAUAGGUACAUAUACCAUUACUGCAUUUUAAUAAAAUGUCAACUAUUUGUAUCAUAUGAGUAAAUUGAACAGCAGCUUUGCUUGAAAUCCUGAAGCCAUUACAUUUGAUACUAUGCGACUCGGGUCUCAAGCUAGGCCGCUAAAAUUCCAAUGAAAGAAAAUUAAAAAGAAAAUCAAUGAAAUUUGAUUUCUUUUUUUUUUAUUUGUAAGCUGUAUUUAUUUGCAAGCAGUUACAAACAAAAAUUCGACAUCAUUUUCAAACGAUCCAUAAUAACUUUAUAAAAUUUUUAUCACAAAAAGAAGUUGUUUGUAUGAAUAGGUGUAAUAAGUUACAGAAUGUAUUUAGUCAUACAUAGUUGUAUGUGAUAAAAUUACAUGUAAUGAGGAAAGUGCUUAAAAUUCGUAAGAUAUCGAAGUAAUAAUCGUAUCUAAAGUAAAGCUGCAACUAAAUGUUUUAUAAGCUAUUCGUUUGUUAUACGAGAGUCCUAAAUUUAGCAAGUUUCUACACUGUAAGUGAUUAAGACACAAGAAUGAUAUAUUUUUGUUGUUAUAUAUUGAUCUGUGACUUAAAACAUGUUUUCUAACAAAUGA